AUUCAAAUAGAUAGAUAAAUGGGCCUGAGGAAAAAGAAGUUGAAAGCUAGAGAAAAUAAAGCAAAAGCCGUUAUGAUGAUAAACCAAGCGAAAUCAGCAGAAGUGGUCACCAUCAUUCAACACGAUAUUGUAUUCCGCCGCCGUCCCCCACGGUGUAUAAGGAAACAACACCUCCGAAUCAAAGGUGGAAAUUGAAGAACUGGUACCGAUCCGUUCGAUCAUGGAAUUAAGGUGGUUGGCAGAUGAAAAGGAAGACGAAGAAUACGUGAGCAGGAGCUAUCCUCCCUUAUCGCUCUUCUACACCAAGGGUAUAUCUCGCAAACACUAUAUUCCACUAUCUUUCUUCACCACCAUCGUCCCCAUGGAUAUGGAUAAUUCUCCAGUAUUGUUCAGAUCGUACAAGGAAGCAUUGAUGUCCGAUGGAAGCAAAUCCUCCGGAUCUGAAUCAAAGACGUUUCUGAUAAACAAGUACCCCGGAUCUGAAUCAAAGAUGUUUCUGAUGCGUAAGGGAAACAAGUCCCAAUCAAAGAUGGGUCCGAUGUAUAAGGGAAACAACUCUGGGCCGAUGAUGGAUAAGGGAAAGUCCUCCCAAUCAAAGUUUAUCAGAAACUCUAUUCCCGAUAAACUUGCUUUAUCUAUUCUAUCAAAACUGUCCAUAAAAUCAUUGAAGCGCUUUGGAUGUGUAAGCAAAUCAUGGUCCGUUUUGUUUGAAAACUCUGAUUUCAUGACCAUGUACACAACUCAUUUCAUAUCUUGUGAUGAUGAUUAUCAUACAUUUACUCUCUCAAAUCAUAUUGCUUCUGCUUAUGAUUACAACUCUGAAUUCCAUUUGCUCAACAACACCGCCAAAUUCAAUUUGCCACCUCCAUUUCAACAGUCUGGCCGUCAUAGGAGAAUUCUCAACUCCGCAAGUGUUAACGGCAUUUUUUGUCUUCACCAAGAAUAUCCAAUUGAUCUCAAAUAUGUAUUGUGGAAUCCUGCUACCCAGGAAUUCCUGGUCAUUCCUCGUAGCCCCGCUGAUCUUUCACCACAACACCCUCAAAACAACCUCUAUCUCAGCCAUGUUUUUAAUGGGUUUGGUUAUGACCAACUUAGAGAUGACUUUAAGGUAGUUCAGUUUAUAACAUUUGAUUUUGAUUACGAGAGUUAUCGUCCUCCGAUAACAGAAAGUUAUUUCGAGAUAUAUAGUUUAAAAAGUAAUUCUUGGAGAACCAUCGACAUGAACAAAGCUCCCUCUUCUAUUUGGUCUAGUUGUGGAUUGUUUGAUACUCGCGAAGUUUAUUUGGAUGGAGCAUGUCAUUGGGUGAUUUCCGACGGAGACUACCUUGAUGAAAAAUCUCUGUUGUCAUUUGACCUCAGUGAUGAGGUGUUCCUUACAACACCCAUCGGGGUUCAACCUUCUUUUCCAUACAAUUAUGAAGAACGUUUGGCGGUGUUAAAUGGAUCAAUUGCUUUAAUAUCAAAUUAUCACGAUGAUAUUAUCUUUCACAUAUAUAUUCUGGGUGAACUCGGUGUGGGUGAAUCAUGGAUCAAAUUAUAUAUUUACGGUCCCUUCUCUUCCAUUACAUGGCCCCCAGUUGGAUUUGGGAACACAAGAUAUAUUUUCUUUCCAAAAAAUGAUUAUGAACUAGCCUAUGUUGAUUUGAGCACCCAAAGAAUUGAGGAGGUUGGUAUUACUGGUGCAAAGUCUAGUUAUUUUCAAGUCGGUCUUUACAAGGAAAGCCUUCUCUCAAUUGGAGGAUCAAAAAUAAAUUCAAGUUUUUCAGUACAGAUUCAGCACAAAACACAACAACUGUGUAUAGUAUAGUUCAGCAAAAGCAAAAAUGGGUUUUGUAGAGCUUUUGGAAGUGGCUUCUAUGCCGGUUAUUCAAGUUCUGCUUAUUAGUGCAUUGGGAUGGGAGAUUUUAUGGCUACUCGCUAUUUCAAUAGUCUUCUUUCAUCAGAUUUUAGAAAAUCCUUAAACAAGGCAACAUAUUCAAGCUUCUAAGUUGAUAUGUUAUACUAGUUUACUUUAUAUACAUGUUUAAUGUGAACAAAAAUAUUUAACAGGACUAAUUCAGCAACAUGACUCUCACCAUUUAGUGCAUUCAUUGAUCUUGACUAUAGAUUUGAGAUUAGAUGGCCAAGAACAAUAAAUGUGUCACAUACUAUGGACUUGCUGCAUAUAGUGAACUAAUUGAUCUCUGUAAUUGAUUUAAGAUUGAACCGAGAAAAUCAACUACUGCAUGGAAUCCGAACCUAUUUUGCAGGUUGUAUUCUUUAUAUAUUCACCCCGGCACUUAUGUUUUCAAGUUUUGCCAAGAGUGUUUCACUUGAAGACAUGAUAUCAUGGUGGUUUAUGCCAGAAAUAGAGUAUUAUAGUUGUAUGAUUGAUCUUUUGAGUCGGGCUGGUCAUAUAGGAAAAGCAAAAAAGAUUAAUGGAGACAAUGCCAAUACAACCAAAUAUUGCCAUAUGGGGUGCUCUGCUAAAUGGUUAUCAAAUUCAUGAAAACAUCUCUGUUGCUAGUAAAGGGAAAGUACGACUUGCGGAGCUAGAACCUGUUCAAAGUGGAAUUUAUGUUCUUCUAUCUAAUAUAUAUAUAUAUGCUAAUGCUGGAAGAUGGGAAGAAAGUAAAUAUGACUAGAAAAAUGAUGCUGCGUAAAAGGAUUGUUAAGACAAUUGGUCAUAGCUCAGUUGGAAUGAAGCUGUUAGCCUUAUGAUUGACUGCUGAAGUAGUUUCAACAAGGAAAAUCAGAACCGUCGUCUACUGGAGCAUUUGUUCAUCUCCUUUCAGCUGCCUUGGUCCGUUUAUUCGCAUCAAUAUCCAGGUCCUAACACUGAUGAUAUUCUUGAACUAAUUGUCAUUGAAAACUUAUAUACCACAUGCAGUGUAAUAAUUCUGUUGUCCUUGUUUACAAGCCUCAAAAUCAUAUACGGCUUAUACCAUACCCAAACUGACACACAGAUGGAUUUUAUUAUAUGCUAUUAUAAGGGAUUCUAAUUGCAAAUUGACAUAAACUACAUCGCAAAUUCGAAUGUGAAAUCUCUAUGCAGAAUGUCAUGAAUAAAACCAAACAGUCAAAAAGCAACAUCAUCACCAUUAGGGGUGCUCAAAACCAAACCAACCCAAUAGAAAACCGCAAACCAAACCAAACCAAACCGAAACCGCAAAAAACCGCAUUUGGUUCGGAUUAGUUUGGGUCAUUUUUUAACAAAACCGCACGGUUCGGUUCGGUUUGCGGUUUGUAUUUUGUAAACCAAACCAAACCGAAUCAAACCGCAUUAUGUUACAACCUAAAUUUUACUUAACUCACAUCCAACCCAAAAUUAAACCUAUUAUACAUUAGCCUUAUGAAUACGAACAAUCUUCUCUAAUCUCUAAUAACAUUAUUUCACCUUCUUUGCCACAUACAUCUUCCCUCUUCUUCUAUAAUCUUAAUGUUCCGUAUUUCAGUUUCAUUUUUAUCGCACAUCUUCUUCUCUUAUCUCUCAACACUUUUUCUUUUUCUUUUUCACCUUCACA